AUGGUUGUUAGAAUAAACAAAAACAAAAAGAAGAAGAAGAAAGAUAGCAAUAAGGCUCUCGAAAAGAAAACCAAGGUUACCUUCAAGCUGAACAAAGACCAACAAGAAGCUGGAAAUAACACCAACAACAAGAGGAAGGAUAAGAAGAAAGAUAUAAUUCAGAAGGAGGCACAUACCAGUAAUAAACCAGAGGCUGGCGAUAGUAUUUAUAACAACAAUGUAAAACAAAUCUCGAAUGAGGGAUUUCCUGAAAAGACAGAACAAAGGACCAUGGAAUGUGUCAACAGGGAUCAACAAAGUUCCUCUAAUGUACCUCCGGAGGUCAACCAAGCGUUAAUGACAGAAGAUGUUGAGGAUUUCGAAGUGGAAAGAAGAAGAGAGGUAAAUACCAAAUAUUUGGAUACACAAGGAAGCAGUAAUGAGAUUGUGGAAAAUUCAGUGAUGGAAUCUAGCCUAAAUACUGAGAUAAAAAACCAGAAGGGGAUAAACCUUGUGGUGGAUCUCAACUUACGCCACGAUACAGAGAAUUACCAUACGGAGGAAGAAGAUAUAAGAGAUAGCUCAAUGGAUGGGGUUGACGAUGAGACUGCUAAUUCUAAAAGAUUCAACUUUCCGAGGAUGAACAAUGGGACUCUAAUGACCUAG